CACACAGCAUUUCAGGAAGAGAGAGAACUAGAUAGAGAGGAAAUAACCUUCCAGAGACAUGUAACUAAAUUGCUUAACAUGUUAAAUUGUUGUUGUUAACAGGCUACACCCAUACAGACACAUUUGUGCAUAUUUUCAGUCAUGGAGGGUGACGUAGAUGAAGAUGAUGGGACUUUUACUAACAUCUCACUAGCUGAUGAUUCAGCUGACGGUGAGCCGACAGUCCUGCGCUUCAUACCAGAGGACCAGAACAGCACCACCAUGAACUGUGAGAUUGACGAUAUGGAGAAUCAGGUUGAGCAAGAGGAGAAGUCGAGACUCAUAAACCAAGUGUUGGAGCUUCAACACACACUUGAAGAUCUCUCUGCGCGUGUGGACGCAGUAAAAGAGGAGAACCUUAAGCUCAAAUCGGAGAACCAGGUUCUCGGGCAGUACAUAGAGAACCUCAUGUCCGCCUCCAGCGUGUUUCAGACCACCGACACCAAAAGCAAACGAAAAUAAGUGACCAUGUGUAUCACGUCAGCUAAAUCCAUCUCUUCUCUUCCCAACAUUCAAACUACUAGCCUUACAUAAGCCGCUAUUUGUUUUGUAUUUAUUUUGUUGUUAAAUAUACUGAUGCAUCUCUCAGCAUGGGUUGGGUAAUACUUGAAUGGACUGAGCUGCUGCCUCUCCCCGUCAGCUCACUGUGUUACAAGAUAUAAAAGGAUGCAUGAUGCAUUUUGUGAUCAGAUAAGUACAGAGCUGGUGUAAUACCACCUCUUCUGUAUAAUUCACUUAGCAGGUCCAUAACCAAUCUCAGACCCUCUCAUUGACUUCACCUUUUUAAGUACUAGAAAGUACCAAAGUCUGUUUUUUUUUUUUUUUUUUGGCUUUU